AUGGAGCAAGUUAGCCAACUGCUCUGCAUGGAUGCCAAAAGCGAACGAGACAUCAGUUCACUGAUCCACACCAUCAAGAUCUACAGCAAUGACACUGGAAUGUCAUGCAGACUGGAGAAGUGUAGUCAGAUAGUAACAAAGAGGGAAGAUUCUCUGGUUCCAAUGAAAAUCGUUCAGCUUGGUGAACCAGCAACAUUAACAUGUGCUUUACCCAGCAAUAAAGAGCUCAGCACUUUGGAAGUCCACUGGUACAAGCAGAGUAUCGGGGAUGAGCUUAAAUUGAUUUCAACACUGUAUGGAACUACACCACCUCAGUAUGGUCAAGAAAUAUUCAGAUCAAGAUAUGACGCAUAUUCUUUGGUUUCAGUGAAAACAGUUCACAUUGGUGAACCAGUGACCUUAACAUGUGCUUUACCCAAAGGGCUCCAGAGUGGAGAAGUCCACUGGUACAAGCAGAAUCACGGGGAUACCCUAAAGUUAAUUAUGACAUUGUUUAAAUCUACACCACCAGAGUAUGGUCCUGAAUAUUCUAAAUCAAGAUUUAAGGUAGAUAAUGAUAAUAAUUUCAGCAAUGUGACCAUUUUGAAGACAGUCCAAGAGGACGAGGGAAUCUAUCACUGUGGGCUCACAGAGUGGAUUAGGACUAACUGGAGUGGCACAUAUUUGUUUGUACAAGGAAACAAUCAGAAACAAUCAGUUGUUGUUCAACAGCUGAUAGGAUCAAAUCCACUCCAUCCAGGAGACACAGUGACUCUCCAGUGUUCAGUCUCUGACUCUGUCAACAAGUGUCCAGGAGGUCUCAGAGUUCUUUGGUUCAGAGACAGAUCUCAUGAAUCUCAUCCAGUCAUUUACGCCAAUGUAAAUACACAUAAUGAAUGUGAGAAAAGAUCUGAUACUCAGAAGGCAUGUGUUUAUCACUUCUCUAAGAACGUCAGCUCCUCUGAUGCUGGGACUUACUACUGUGCUGUGGCCAGAUGUGGGGAGAUAUUAUUUGGAAAUGGAACGACACUCGAACUUGGGUGGCAACCAGAGGAGGACCUGCCCCUGCAGCAGAUUGUGUGA